AUAGCCCCGCCCCUUUGUCCUAACCGCUAGGAGCUGCUGCUGGGACAGAAUAACAGAUGAAAGGUUAGCUAGAGACCUGUAUUAGUAACUUUACCAAAUAUUGACUAUUCAUUGUCAGCAAGAGGAUUUACCCCUGUCUGUGGUAUGAAAAGGUAGCUUUGGCCAUCUCGCCUGAAGUUGUGAUCAGAAAGCUGAAGCAUGGAUUCGGCUCAGGGAAACUUCUCUCCACUCAAACGCUUUGUAGUGGCCAAAAAGAAGAUCUGUGAUGUGUUUGAGCAACUGCUGGAGUAUGUGAAGGAAGGCUCAUUGUUUGUAGAAGAAACGUGUCAGAAUGAAGCCUUGGAGAACAUUGCAAGUCAUAACCAACAGGAGCAGAUUCAGGCGUAUGCUGGCAAACUGCAAACUAUCAAAGAUGUGCUGGCACGCAGACACAUGAAGGUGGCCUUCUUUGGCAGGACGAGUAAUGGGAAGAGUACAGUGGUUAAUGCCAUGCUGAGGGACCGGGUGCUGCCCAGUGGCAUGGGUCACACCACCAACUGCUUCCUGAGUGUGGAGGGCACGGACGCGGACCACGCCUACCUCAAGACCGAGGGCUCAGAGGAGGAGAAGAGCAUCAAGACUGUGAACCAGCUGGGUCACGCACUACACAUGGACGAGAGUCUGGACGCAGGCUGCCUGGUCCGAGUCUUUUGGCCCAAGACCAAGUGUGCCCUGCUCAGAGACGACCUGGUCCUCGUAGACAGCCCUGGGACAGAUGUCACCACGCAGCUGGACAGCUGGAUCGACAAGUUCUGCCUGGAUGCCGAUGUCUUCGUGCUGGUUGCAAACUCCGAAUCAACUCUCAUGAACACGGAGAAGCAUUUCUUCCACAAGGUGAACGAGAAACUCUCCAAACCUAACAUCUUCAUCCUCAACAACCGCUGGGACGCCUCGGCCAACGAGCCAGAGUACAUGGAGGAUGUGCGGAAGCAGCACACGGACCGCUGUGUCAACUUCCUGGUGGAGGAGCUGAAGGUAGUGGACCGGGAGCAGGCGCCCAACCGCAUCUUUUUUGUGUCGGCCAAAGAGGUGCUCAACUCCCGCAUGCAGCGCGCCCAGGGUAUGCCAGAGUCCGGUGGAGCUUUAGCAGAAGGCUUCCAGGAGAGGCUCAAGGAGUUCCAGAGUUUCGAGAGGAUAUUUGAGGAGUGUAUCUCGCAGUCAGCAGUGAAAACAAAGUUUGAGCAGCACACUAUAAGGGCCAAGCAGAUCACUGAAACGGUCAAAGCCAUCAUGGACGCCAUCAACAUCGAGGCGGCAGAGAAGAGAGUAGCCUCAUUGGAGGACCGUGAAUACCAGAUGGACCGUCUGGAGUUUGUGAAGAACCAGCUCAACCUGCUCAUAGAGGACAUCAAGAAGAAGAUCAAGGCCAUUACAGAAGAGGUGGAGCGCAAGGUGUCCAGCGCCAUGGGCGAAGAGAUCUGUCGUCUCAACGUGCUAAUCGAGGAGUUCCACUCUGACUUCCACCCCUCACCCCACGUCCUCAAGCUCUACAAAUCAGAGCUACUGAGCCACAUUGAGGAGGGCAUGGGCAAAAACCUGGCCUUCCGCUGCUCCAAUGCCGUCAACGCCUCAGUGCAUACCUCCCAGAGAGACAUGAUCGAGAGUCUGCAGCCUCUGCUGCCCCCUGCUGUUCAGAGCCAGAUACAAAUGCUGGUGCCCAGCCGCAAGUUUGACAUGAGCUACGACCUGAACUGCGCCACGCUCUGCUCGGACUUCCAGGAGAACAUCGAGUUCCAGUUCUCAAUGGGCUGGACAGCACUGGUCAACCGUUUCCUGGGGCCUACCAACGCAAAGCGGGCCCUCAUGCUGGUCGAGAGGAACUUCCAGGUAACGCAGAUGACACGCUCCCUGUCCACCACGCCCUCCAGCGGCCCCUCCAGCAUGGCAGUAGCACAGCCCCAGGAACCUGUGCUCUCCCAUGAGGAGCUGAUGAUGUCCAUGGCCACCAACCUUGCCUCCCUCACCUCCCGCACCUCCAUGAGCGUGGUCAUCGUUGGAGGAGUGGUGUGGCGGACGGUGGGCUGGCGGCUCAUAGCCCUGUCGGCCGCCAUGUACGGCCUGCUCUACCUGUGGGAGAAGCUCACGUGGACCACCAAGGCCAAGGAGCGUGCACUCAAGCGCCAGUUUGUGGACUACGCCACAGAGAAACUGCAACUCAUCGUCAGCUUCACCAGUGCCAAUUGCAGCCACCAGGUCCAGCAGGAGAUGGCCACGACCUUUGCGUGGCUGUGUCAGCAGGUGGACCUGACACAGAGGGAGCUGGAGGGAGAGAUCAGCCGACUGACCGCCAAGGUCCAGAUUCUGGAGACCGUCCAGAGCCGCUCCAAGACCCUCCGGCACAAAGCCACAGAGUUGGAGAGGCAAUUGGAGACUUUUACAGACCAGUAUCUGAAUCCCCAUCAUUGAUGGACUGGGCUUCUCUCUCUGGCUCUACUGGCUCCCCUGGCGCCUCAGUCCUAGCUAAUGGCAUUGACUCCCCCCCCCGACCUCCCCUCUCCACUCAGAGAAAAUAGGUCCACCCUCAACAAUAUUGCUCCUGGGAUUCCCCCACCUCCGAACAGAUGUUUCUCGAAGAGAUUUGUUGAAGUGUGUCCAGUUUUCCACACUUUAUAGAAGGACUUAGCCGAGAACAAACUGCCCAUUUAGUUCAACAAACCAAACUGCCUGUAAUACAAAUACAAACUCUGUAUAACUGUGUGAAUCAGUCGUGUGAAUACGGUUCCGAAGGUCGGGACAUAAAACCUUGGUUGGCAUGAGAUUGAAGGUUGGGUGCUGUAUCCUGUACAGUGACACUACUGCUCUUAUAACUGUGAAUAUGCCUUUCACUAACUCCUGAAGUAAAUGGGUUUGUGUGUGUGUGUUUCUUUUUGUAGACAUAAAUGUAGGCAUGUGAUUUUCAUUUAGAGCUGAAUUUGUUCUGGUUGACCCUUGGCACUGGUACCCCAUUGUAAAAAUAUAUAUAUGUUUUUUGUGAAGGACCCACAUAAAUUCAGAGGAAAUCCAUUUGACUUCAGAAGCAACAAUCAAAAUUACUAAUGUCCGGCUGAGGAAAUACCCCAACAAAAAACUGUGUAUAUAGUGUUUUGAUAAGUAGAAGCAUUUUAUAACUUCCUCUGCCGAUUCAACUAAUUUGACGUGAGAAUACAUUUGAACAAUCUCCACUUUGAAAAAAGUGUUUUCCUUUCAUGAUGAAUGUGAAUUGAAACACAUCCUGAUUUACCUGAAUCUAUUAAAGUAAUAUGCUAUGUCAUUGA